AUGCCACCGCAGCCGCUUUCUGGCUCGAGUCUUCCACCGUUUCAAUGUGACCACCCUGGGUGUGGGGCGAAGUAUCGACGCAAGGAGCAUUUGAAUCGGCAUGCGGCGAGUCAUUCCCGAGGAGAUUGCUUUUCUUGCCCUGACCUCUUGCGCCGGCAUAUCCGGAUUUAUCACCCGAAUAGAGCGCCUCCGGCGUCGCGGGCACAGAAGGCUUGCGCUGCGUGUCACGCCCGGAAAGAACGCUGUUAUGGUGGAUUUCCCUGCAGUGCAUGUCAGAAACGGGGUAUCGCCUGUUCUCCUGGGAAGGGAAAAACUCCAGAAGAGCAGAUUGUCGACAACAACGUUCAGAUCUCGCAACAACCCCAUCCGCCUCGGUGGAUCGCUCUUGACUACGUCGAUAUUUAUUUUGAUAAUUUCCAUCCAAAAUGGCCAUUUCUGCACCGAGGGACAUUUGACGUGACCAAAGAACCUUGUGUACUGAUUCAAUCUGUGGUCAUGAUAGGACUGUGGAUAGAGGGGAGCAAGAAGUCGCGGGAGGCAGCUACCGAUCUUCACCGUAGCCUGUCUACUGCGAUUCGUACUCAGAUGGAUAGGUGGCGCGUAUUCAACCAAAAUCAGAGUACUUCAUGGCCCAUGGCAACGUAUCAGAGUGUGCUCCUGCAAUGUAUUUUUGCAUUGUUUCUCGCAUGGGAAAGAAAAGCCAUUGAUCUGAAUCUGCGGUAUCAGAUUCAGGACGAUGAGCACGACCUUCUGGUAACUCUGGUCGAAAGCUGUCGGCUUGGCGGGAUUUUCUCGUAUCCGAAUAUGCUUGCGCAACACAGCUCGGGAGUUCCGCUGACUCUGGUGUGGCUGAGUCUCGAAGAGAUAAAGCGGUUUGGCUUGGCUCUAUAUAAGGUGUGCCGACUGUCUACUCGCCUAGACCCAAGUCGCGCAGACGGCAGCAGUGCUCAAAGUGAGCUUCUGACUUUGGCGGAUUUGUCUUUUGGUAUGCCGGAUAGCGAUGAAGCGUGGAAUAGUAUUUCGGGGGUUGGCUGCGAGGUUCGUCAAGAGGAAGCGUUUCAGACGAAACUGAGGGAUGGCCAGGAUCCGACAGGGUGGAUUUCGCAGUCGGCGAGUGUGCUGUCCAAUGCGCGCGUUGCCUUUGACUGGAUAUAA